AUGGAGUGCUUUCAGCGUCCUGCUGUCACCACAAGUGAAUGUUCUACUUGGGGUAAUUUCCACUUUCAGACAUUUGACCGUGCAAAAUUUGACUUCACUGGAACUUGCCGUUAUGUUUUUGCUUCACACUGCAAAGACAGUCAUCAGGACUUCAGUAUCCAGAUAAUGAGAAGCAUCAAGGCGGGGACUGCCAUCUAUUUCACGGCCACUAUAGAUGGAGUGCUUCUGGAGGUCAAAGAAUCAGGCAUCACAGUAGAUGGGAAGACGAUUCUUCUGCCCUUCAGUCUGAAGAGUGUCCUAGUAGAAGACACUUAUCCUUAUUUCCUAAUUACCUCCAAAUUAGGCCUGACUCUCAAGUGGAAUUGGGGUGACACUCUCCUACUGGAUUUAGAAGAUACUUUCAAAGGGAAAACAUGUGGUUUGUGUGGAAACUAUGACAGCAAUGAUAAAAAUGAUUUAUUCCUGCAGGGCUAUCCACUAUUCCCAUGGCAGUUUGGAAACCUUCAGAAAGUAGAUGAUCCAACAGAGAAGUGUUCUGAUGUAAUUGGAGACAAAAGAAAGCAGCAAGACAACUCUCAACAGCAAGAUAAAUGCAAAAAUAGAUACAAAUCUAAGUGCAAGGAGGUCCUAUCCCACUUUGGGAAUUGUAAGAGGGUGGUUGCUAUUGAUGAUUAUAUAGCCAUCUGUAUUCAAGAUAUGUGCAGCUGUUCUGAGAAAUCUUCUCAUUCUGACCUGGUUGCCAGCUGUGUAUGCAGCACUCUCAGUCAGUACUCCCGGGACUGUGUCCGCAAAGGUGGAGACCCUGGAAAAUGGCGAUCCAAGGAACUCUGUUUCCUGAAAUGUCCAAACAACCUGGAAUAUGCAGAAUGUGGAAGCCCCUGUACUGACACCUGCUUCAACCCAGAAAGGAGCAAAAUAUGUAAAGCCCCAUGUACGGAUGGAUGCUUUUGUCCUAAAGGAAGCAUUCUCGAUGACAUCAAGGGCAAAAAAUGCAUCCCAAUUGGCAGCUGCCCCUGUACCUUUCAAGGCAAAGUCUAUGCAGCUGGAGACACCUACGCCACCCCCUGCCAAAACUGUACUUGCAUGAGUGGAAAAUGGUCCUGCACAUCACUGCCUUGUUCUGGAAACUGUAAAAUAGAAGGUGGAUUCCACAUAACAACAUUUGAUAAGAAGCAAUUCAUUUUCCAUGGCAACUGCAACUAUGUUUUAGCUAAGGACACAGAUGGUUCCUUUGUGGUCAUUGGAGAGAUUGUUCAAUGUGGAGUUUCCAAGACUAUGACUUGUCUGAAGAAUGCUUUAAUCACUUUAGGAGCCCUUAGUAUAAGAGUCUGUUCCACUGGAGAUGUCUAUGUCAAUAAUGCCAUUGCGGUAUUGCCUAUAACUAAAGAUGGCGUCACACUCUUCAGACCAUCUACAUUCUAUGUCAACAUCCUGACUUCUUCAAGGGUACAAAUUCAAGUACAACUGAAACCCAUUAUGCAGAUCUUCAUAAGAGUAGACGAAACUUAUCAAAACCAUACUUCUGGCCUUUGUGGAAAUUUCAACAAUGAUCAGGCUGAUGAUUUUCAAACCAUCAGUGGGAUUGUAGAAGACUCUGCUUCAGUGUUUGGAAACUCAUGGAAAACUAUGGCCAGCUGUGCUGAUGUUCAAGACAGCUUUGAGGAUCCCUGUCAGAAAAGUGUUGAUAAAGAAAAAUUUGGGCAGCGUUGGUGUGCUCUUCUGCUGGAUGCAAAGGGGGUAUUUGCUGAGUGCCAUUCUGUUAAUGACCCAGCUCCUUAUAUCAAGAACUGCGUUUACGACACUUGCAAUGCUGAGAGGAGCAAAGAGGCUCUGUGCAGCGUUUUCUCUGGCUAUGCCAGAGAUUGUGCCGCAAGAGGCAUCCACUUGAAAGGAUGGAGAGGCAGCGUCUGUGAUGUCUCCACAGAGUGCCCUAAGAAUAUGGUAUACAACUAUGAAGUGAAAUUCUGCAACAACUCUUGCCGGUCCCUGAGGGAGCCUGAUGUGCUAUGCAGUGUUCAGACCAUCCCUGUGGAUGGCUGCAGCUGCCCUGAGGGAACUUACCUAAUGAAUGAGGAAGAAUGUGUCUUUCCAGAGGACUGUCCAUGUUACCACAAGGGCCUGCUGAUACAACCCAGAAGUUCAUUUCAAAAGGAUGAGCUCGUGUGCAAGUGCAUUCGAGGACAAUUAGAUUGCAUUGAAAACACAGAAACAAAGAAAGAUUGCCCUUAUCCAAUGUCCUACUUUGACUGCAGCUCUGCUGGCCGAAGUGCAACUGGAUCAGAAUGCCAGAAAAGUUGUGAAACACAAGACAUGCAAUGUUAUGCUACAGAAUGUGUCUCUGGAUGCAUGUGUCCUGAUGGGCUGGUGUCCGAUGGUCACGGCAACUGUAUUGAGGAGGAGCAGUGCCCCUGCAUGCGUGGAGGGAAGUUCUACAGUCCUGGCACACAAAUCACAGUAAAUUGCAAUACAUGCAUGUGCUACAAGAGGCAAUGGAACUGUACAAAGAACUACUGCCAAGGAGCCUGCAUGGUGUAUGGAAAUGGCCACUAUUUCAGCUUUGAUGGAACAAAAUUUGAUUUCAUGGGAAGCUGUGAUUAUAUUCUAGCUCAGGACUUUUGCCCUGAUAACCCUGACCCAGGCACUUUUCAAAUUGUAACACAGAACAUGGCAUGUGGUAAAUCCCUGAGCAUUUGUUCCUUGAAAAUUCGCAUCAUCUUGGCGGGUAGUGAAAUCAGACUUCAGGAAGGGAAAAUUGAGGAGAUAACUAGCAUACCGCCUUCUGAAAGGAACUAUAACAUCCAUCUCAUGGGAAUUUACAUUAUAAUUGAAACUUUCCAUGGAAUGACCUUCAUGUGGGAUGAGAAGACAACAAUAAUGGUGCAACUCGCACCCUCUUUUCAAGGCAGAGUUUGUGGUCUUUGUGGUGAUUUUGACAGCAGUGGCAACAAUGACUUCACUACGAGAGGGCAGUCUGUGGAGAUGCAAGCACAGGCAUUUGGAAGCAGCUGGAAAGUCACCACUAGCUGUUCAGACAGAAACAAGGUUGACCUAUGUGCAAGUCAGCCUUCCAAACUUGUACUGGGGCAAAAGCGAUGCAGCAUUCUCAAGAGUGACAUUUUUGAAGCCUGCCACAGUAAGAUCAACCCAACAUCCUAUUAUGAAUCCUGCAUAUCUGAUUUUUGUGGUUGUGACAGUCUGGGAGACUGUGAGUGUUUCUGUACUGCUGUAGCAGCAUAUGCAAGGAGUUGUGGCAGAGUUGGCAUCUGUAUUGACUGGCGAAGUCCUAAAAAUUGCCCUGUGUUUUGUGACCACUAUGAUUCACCCAAGAAAAGAGAAUGGCAGUAUAAGCCCUGUGGAGAACCUUGUUUAAGGACCUGCAGGAAUCCGGCAGGAAACUGUGGCAAUCUGCUUUAUAGUUUUGAAGGCUGCUACCCAAAAUGCAGUGCUGAGAAGCCAUAUUAUGAUGAGAAAAAAAGAGAAUGUGUCUCAGUGUUCGAGUGUACCUCAUGUGAUCCAAAAGAAAAACUCUGCUUGAACAAAUCAAAUGCAGGGCAUGGCUUGGAGAUCACGCCUCAAGGCGGGGAAAUUGUUGGCCCUUCAAAGCCAAGAGCAGGGGAAACUACAGUGGCUCUCCCCAUCUCACCAGCAAAAUCAGAAAUGAGAACCACACCAUGCUUCUGUAAUGUAAAUGGACAGCUCAUAACAAGUGGCAAUAGCCAGUUUGUGACAAUGGACACUUCACGUUGGUGUAUUUAUGCCUUUUGUAAUACAUCAUGCCAGAUUGAAUUCAACUAUGGCGAAUGUAUCUCAUUCUAUACCACUCCUGUCCCAAGCAAGCCUGCCGUGAUCCCCAGCAGACCUUGUAAGGGGAAUAAUCAGAACUGUGAGAAAGAGCCUCCUCCUUACUCUUCUUCAUUUACUCCUGGGAGUGAUUGCACUGACCUCAUUCCUCCUAGAAAGUAUCAAGAAUUAUGGAAAUUUGAAAACUGCCAAAUCGCCACUUGCUUAGGUGGAAAACAUAUUAAGGUAUCUGAUGUGCGCUGCCCACCUCAAAAGUCAAAGAUCUGUGUCAAUGGAUUGCCACUUGUGAAAAACUAUGAUGCGUCAGGCUGUUGUUGGGCUCUGGAGUGUCAAUGUGCUUGCAAUGGAUGGGGAAAUCAACACUAUGUAACAUUUGAUGGAUCCUAUUAUAAUUUCCAUGGGAAUUGCACCUAUCUGCUUAUGAAACCAAUCAUACCUGGCUCUCAGAAUUUCUGGAUCUACUUGGACAAUCACUAUUGCGCUGCCCCAGAGAGAGCUCUAUGCUCUAUGAGCCUUUUCAUAUUUUACAACCACUCUACAGUCAUUUUGACACGAGGAGUUGAAAAUGGAGAAGAAAGCAACCUGGUUCUAUAUAACAAUAAAGAAAUCACACCAAGUUUUUCAAAAGAUGGCAUUGGCAUCACCAACUCUGGACACUAUGUUGUGGUGAAAAUACCUGAAAUGGGCCUUUAUGUCACCUAUACUCGCCUUGCUUUUCAAGUAAACCUGCCUUUCAGCAUUUUUUAUAACAAUACUGAAGGGCUAUGUGGUACAUGCACCAACAAAAAGACAGAUGAUGCAAUGAAAAGGAAUGGCAAGGUUGCAGAUUCUUUCACAGAAAUGGCAAUGGACUGGAAAAUGAUGGACCUCAUCACUAGACAUUGUGAUGCAGGGCAACACUUGGCACCUUUUCAGUCUCAAAUGCCACCAUCCAAAAUGGCCGCCUGUGUAGUUCCUCCCCUAUGUAAACUUAUCUGGAGCUUUACAGAAUGUCACAAUGCUGUUCCGCCACGGCCGUACUAUGAUGCCUGUGUUGUGGAUGGAUGCUCUUCACCAAAGCAGAACAUGGAAUGUGGAAGUCUCCAGGCCUAUGCAGCCUUGUGUGGGUACCAUGGGAUCUGUGUAGACUGGAGAAGCAAAGCCAACAGGAAGUGUGAACUCAGAUGCUCUCGGGAUCAAAUCUAUAAGCCAUGUGGAAGAAUGGAAAGGCUCACUUGCAAUAGUGGGUAAGUAAUUGCAAGACAAAUUUUUAUCAAAUGGUGUGUGUCAGAAGGUGACAUUCCAGGAAUCCUUGUCGAAGGAUGUUUCUGUCCGGAUGGAAUGAUCCAGUUGAAUCACCAUGAUAGUAUCUGUGUUUCUGUCUGUGGCUGCACAGGAACUGAUGGACUAUUGAGACAGCCAGGAGAGAGGUGGGAAAAAGAUUGUCAGGUCUGCACCUGUAGCAAGGACACACUGGAUAUUUCUUGUUCCCCCCACAUUUGUGCAAGAUCUCCACCAAUCACUUGCACAAGGGAAGGAUUUGUACCUAUAGUGCGGAUACAGCCAGAAGAUCCCUGCUGCACAGAGAUAGUGUGUGAACCAAAAAAUGUUUGUAUAUCUAAAGGAAUUGAGUAUCAGCCUGGAUCAGUGGUACCUUCAGACUCUUGUGAUGAAUGCUUCUGCACUGUAACACAGGAUCCUAAAACCCAAACCAAUAAAAUUAAGUGCACUCCAAUUAAUUGUUCUACUGAAUGUCAACAGGGGUUCCACUAUAUCCAGAAAGAAGGAAAAUGCUGUGGUGAAUGUGUGCAGACAGCAUGUGUGACAAAGCUUUCACCUGGGGUAGUGGCCAUUGAGGUUGGGAAGACCUACAAGGAUCCACAGGAUAACUGUACUCAGUAUCUAUGCACCAGGGUAUCAGAUCAAUUUAUAUUGAGUACCACAAUAAUAUCCUGCCCAGUGUUUGAUCGAUCAAACUGUGUCCCAGCAACUAUUCAAACUGCUGCUGAUGGAUGCUGUGAGAUAUGUACCCCCUUGUCACAUAAUUGUACAAUUAACCUGAAGAGGCAAUUCAUUGUUUAUAAGAAUUGUAAAUCAGCCAGGCCUAUCAACGUUCCUUCCUGUGGAGGAUCCUGCAACACCUACUCUGUAUAUUCCUUUGACACUCACAAAAUGAAGCAUGGAUGCACAUGUUGCCAUGCCACAAAAUACCAUGAAGUGAGAGUCGAACUGGUUUGCAGCAAAAGGAGGCAUAUGAAAUACACAUAUCUUCAUGUAGAUGAGUGUAGCUGUGUGGAAACUAAAUGCCCAACAUAGAAACAUGAACCAAAAAAUGUUGGUGAAAUGUUUUGUCUUUAUUUGAAUUAUUCAUUUUAAAAAAUUCUUCAAGCAGUUGUGUGCA